UCUCGUUGCGUUUCGGUAGUUUAUAGCAACUUUUCAUGUCGUCAUCAAACAGUGACGGUUUUCCCCAGAAAGAAGGACAGGUUCAUUUUUUAUUACAGAACCGUGUUGAUUGCUGGAAAGAAACAUGUCUGGGAGUUUCUAUUACGUCAUGGUUGGACAUCAUGACAACCCGGUCUUUGAAAUGGAGUUCUUGCCUGCUGGUAAAGCUGAGUCAAAGGAUGACCACCGGCAUCUGAACCAGUUUAUUGCCCAUGCAGCUCUCGACUUGGUGGAUGAAAACAUGUGGCUGUCUAACAACAUGUACCUGAAAACUGUGGACAAGUUCAAUGAGUGGUUCGUCUCUGCCUUUGUCACCGCAGGACAUAUGAGAUUCAUCAUGCUUCAUGAUGUACGACAAGAAGACGGAAUCAAAAACUUCUUUAAUGAUGUGUACGAUUUAUACAUUAAGUUUGCAAUGAAUCCUUUUUAUGAAACCAAUGCUCCAAUCCGGUCGACGGCAUUUGACAGAAAAGUGCAGUUCCUUGGAAAGAAGCACCUGUUGAGCUGAUGAAUCAACCUGGGUUCUGUACCUUUUUUUUAUUUCCUUAAUUGCGUUUAUCAUACACAUCAUUUGGUCUACGAUCACCUGUUGGUUGUGUUUGAUAAAUUCCCUACGUAUUACUUUCUUUAUACUUACCAACCACGGAAUAAAAGAUAGCAUUGGGGCAAUGUUUUAUAAUGAAUGAAGGGCAUGUGUGAGUGUCACCAGCAUUUUGUUGCCUAGUUUGAUAAUAAUUACAUUGUCUGUAUGAGGUCUACUUUGAUAAUGACAUUGUCUGUAUGAGGUCUACUUUGAUAAAGACAUGGUCUGUAUGAGGUCUACUUUGAUAAUGACAUGGUCUGUAUGAGGUCUACUUUGAUAAUGACAUGGUCUGUAUGAGGUCUACUUUGAUAAUGACAUGGUCUGUAUGAGGUCUACUUUGAUAAUGACAUGGUCUGUAUGAGGUCUACUUUGAUAAUGACAUGGUCUGUAUGAGGUCUACUUUGAUAAUGACAUUGUCUGUAUGAGGUCUACUUUGAUAAUGACAUGGUCUGUAUGAGGUCUACUUUGAUAAUGACAUGGUCUGUAUGAGGUCUACUUUGAUAAUGACAUUGUCUGUAUGAGGUCUACUUUGAUAAAGACAUGGUCUGUAUGAGGUCUACUUUGAUAAUAGUGACAUUGUAUGUAUGAGGUAGACCUUGAAUGAGCUUGGUUAAAACAUGUAUAUUUAAUUUCUGAUAUUUGUGAAAUGUUCUAUGGCUUACUGCCCAGAUUCUCUAAUCAAAUACACUAUAAUUAUUCAACUAAUUUGGACAUUUUCUCUGGACAUGUGUUCCAAAUACUUCAUUAGUGCGCAUGUGUGUGCCUUUGCCAUACAAAGUAAUGGCAGAACAUUUCACUAAUCAUUGAGUAUGUACAAAGACCAGCCCAUGCAAACAAACAAACACAUUCUCAGUUAAAAUAAAUCACAUGACAAUUGACUGAAUGAAUGGUCUGCCUGUAAUAGGUGCUGUGUGGAUGCAAUAAUCACCACACCAGAAAACGUUUACCAAAUGACUUACUGCCGAAGUCUAACUCUUUAAGUGUAUUUUUUUUCCUGUGACAGCGGAGGUGGAAAAUCAAACGUCUUCAGAGAAGAUCAUUCAUUCAUGGGCAGUUUUUAUUCAAAUAGCAUUUUCCAUUCAACUUGCUUUCCAGUCAUUCUGGACAACACUGCUGUAGCUAAAUGAUAUCAAAGAUGAACAAUGGCUAAACUGUUCUCAGCACUCGACCUAAAUGAGAUGUAUUUUGUGGUAAUGUACAAUACUGUAAAAUCAAAAAGCAAUGACUGUUGAAAUCAAGUUUUAGUAUCAAAACUACACUAGUGUGUAAGAAAAUGAAAUUGAUCUCCAUAAAUGUAAAUAAAAUGCAUGUUAGAUAAGAUGUCCAUAGAAAAAAAACGGGACCAGAUACAUUAUACCUUGUUUAUAAUAUCCACCACCAUGUCCAAGUUCAGAAAUGUAUCACCUAUUAAUUACAAUUAGCCAAGUUAUCGGAACACUGAAAUUCUGGUAUGGUAAAAGGUUCUGUACUAACUGAGCAGAAUGCAGGAUAAGACCUCCGCUUUAUUCAUUUAAUAUUGAUCAUUUCAGCUCUUGUCCUGUGCAAGUGUUGAACAUUGUGUCCAUUGCAUGAAUGAUAACUCAUUCAUUAUGUUAUGUUGCGCAGAUAUCCCAUGGCCAGCAAAUCCAGCACCAAUAAUACAUAUUAUAGAGUAAGAAAUCAUAAGCCUUCAUUUCUGCUUUAAUUUCCCUCUUUCUCUGUACUAGAAAGUAGUGAUGCUAGAUUAGUGCUUAACUUAUUCAAAUUAAAAGACUGCAUAAAUUACUCUGCUUUGUAUCAACAUUUAUGUUGUAAUAAAUAUGAAUAUAUUAUGUUUGGAACUUUUUAACCUAA